UGACUGACUGUCCGGAGAAGGAGGGCAAGGAGUGUUCUGCUUUACUUUUCUCUAGUCUAUGCUCUCUUUCUUUGUUGUUGUGUUUACUUAUCAGAAGAAGGGACGGGUUUUAGCUUCUGGUAAAAGUUUGUUUAUUUGUUUUUAAGAUACUUGGGACUUUGUACUUCAACGCACGCGGGCACUCUUCAAAGUGCAAACGAGAACCUCUCCAGAUUUUAAACCAUGCACGCGAGCAGACUCGGGAUUUUUUAAAUGUUUUUAAUUAUUUUAUAAGGAAAAUGAGGACGGAUUAUCUUGUCUGCUUAUUACACUCUCAAAGAUCAGUCGGCAAGUAAAAGAAGCUACUUCUUCCCUCUUGCUUCCUGCAACUCUUCCCAUUCCUGUCAAACUGCAAUAGCAGGAAUCAACUAAUUCAGAUCAUAAGGUUGUUUACAAAAGGAGACACGGGGGAAGUGGCACUCUGCUAGCACCGCACGAAGGUGGAUAAAGGCCUAAACGAAGACUUUCAACUUCAGACCUGUUUUCACUUAUCAUUUCUGGAUUAACUGAGAACAGAUUACGUGAUUUCUUUUCCAUCUCUGUGAGGAAAUUCCUUAUGCAUUCAUCAAUGGAGAACUGAGGGUGAGCUGACACUUGCCCUCCUCCCAGCAUGCUGGCUCUGAGGCUGGAGCAGGGCAGGCGAGGGGGCGGUGAGGUUGACCGCCUGCAGAAAGGGGCCGCCGUGGCUUGGCAGGGCCGCCCGUCAGGGAGGCCCCCUGCUCAAGAGCGGCGCAUGAACAUCAGGGAGAAGAUCUCCCAGUGGGAAGGUCGCAGCAGCCAGGAUGCCGGGGUCAAAGCUCACCCUCCGACUGUAUCCCGGAGUCUCUCUGGGGAUGUGCUGGGUAACGGGUGUUCUGACGAGGGAUCAAGAGGGGGGCCUCAUGCUAAAGCAAGCCUCUCAAAAGCUAAGAGCUUGGAUUUUCGGGAAUCCCCAUCACCAGCGGGAAACACUGUGGUCGGUAGGAAGUCAGAGCCUCUGCAAAAAUGCGCCACUGAAAUUUCGACCUCGGGAAAUAAACCACUAACAGCACAAAAACAUUUAGAGUCUCCCAAAGUCGGAGCUAACUCUGCUAUCUCUACAAUUAAACAAGUCACCGCGAAUGGUGACCUUAAAACGCGGCGCAUCUUGGACAUCGAAGUAGUUUCCAAACCUCUACCUCUAUUAGCAGAUGAUCAAGAUGACAACAUGCCGGCCGGAAACUUCUACACCUCUCGGGGUUUCUGGCGUAAGCUGGAGGGGGACAGACUGCUCUGGGAGAAAGGCAGGGGGUCUUCAAGUGAACCUCUGCCUCCUCCUAAACCUCAGCGGACAUUCCAGUAUCAGGGAUCCAAAAACAGUAACAACAAAAUUUACUGGGACAACAGAUCCCCUCAAAACUAUCGGUCUAACUUGAGCAGGAGCAGGAGGGUCGCCCAACCACCCAGCUUCCCACCUCCUCCGUGUCCGGGAGCGACCACCAAUGGGCUCUCAAGGCAUAAAAAGAACAGGAAGUCUUUUGAGUACGAGGAUGCGGCACGUCUGACCGCGAAGCAAGGCACUCUGGGAGAGGAGGCCAGGCGCUCUGGCAUCUACCAUGCUUACUCUGAUGACAAUAUUUAUGAGGACAUCGUUUGUGAAGUGACCAGAGAUAACCCUUAUGAGGACGUCAAGCUGUCCCCCAUGUGUCUCCCUAUUUCAAGGUCUCAACACCCAAAGCUGCCCCCAAAACCCCAAACGUUGCAGCAGGGAUACACUGGAAGAGUGGAUAAGAAGAGGUCCCAAACCAUGACACCAUCCAAAUCCUCCGCCUUUACAGAAACUCCCAAACCAGCAACAGCCCGACGACCAAGCACCCAGAAAACCCAGAGGACGCCUCAGUACGUCAACAAGAUUGAGACCAUCUUCGACGACAAGCGAGGGAAGAAGAGAGUAAAGAACCAGGGAUUUUCAGUGCGAGAAGAGACCAGUGGGACGGAGAGCGACACUGAGGACAACACCAAAGCAGGCUCCAGGAGAUCAGUUUACAGACAGUCUACACUGAAACGCAGACCAGGCUACCGCACCCUGGAGAGAGACCUGAUCCAGCACCAGCAGCAGCAGCUCUUCCAGAUCUUUGUGGUGGUGUCGCUGAGAAAAGGGUCCACAGGAAACACCUACUCUCCUGAAAUCACACAGCAGUUCCCUAAAAUGUUUGAGAAGUCUUCCCGGAUCUCCAGAGAAGCUGAAGAUCAGCUGAGGGUGAUUCCCAAGUUCUGCUUCCCUGACUCACAGGACUGGAAACCCUCUGCACACAUGCCAAGUGAGACCUUCUCCUUUGUGCUGACCGGAGAGGACGGCAGCCGCUGGUUCUGUUACUGCCGUAAGAUCUUGCCCAGUGGCAAAGGGAAGAGGCUUCCUGAGGUGCACUGUAUUGUCAGCAAACUGGGCUGUUUCAACCUGUUUGCCAAGAUUCUGGAGGAGGUGGAGAGGCGAAGAGAGAUUUCCCCAGCGCUGGUUUAUCCUUUUAUGCGUAGCGUGAUGGAGGCCCCAUUUCCAGCCCCUGGUCGCACAGUCACGGUGAAAAGCUUCCUCCCCGGCUCAGGGAAUGAGGUUUUGACUUUAUGUCGCCCGGUGGACUCCCGACUGGAGCAUGUGGACUUUGACAGUCUGCUGCAGUGUCUCAGUGUUGGGAAACUACUGCAGGUGUUUGCCUCCAUUCUGCUCGAGAGGAGGGUCAUCUUCGUCGCUGACAAGCUCAGUGUGUUGUCCCGGUGUGGCCAUGCAGUGCUGGCGCUGCUGUACCCCUUCACCUGGCAGCACACCUUCAUACCUGUGCUACCGGCCAGCAUGCUGGACAUCAGCUGCUCCCCCACGCCGUUCCUCAUCGGGGUGCUGUCACAGUGCCUGCCAGAAGUAAUGGAGCUUCCUAUCGAGGAGGUGCUGAUAGUGGAUCUGUGUGCUGACAAGUUUGUCAUUCAGCUCGGAGAUGAAGAUUGUAUCCUGCCCAGUAAACUGCAGGCGGCACUGCUGCAGAUCCUGGAGGAGAGAGAAGAGAUCCUGAGACAGGAUGAUGGAGACAGAUACGGAGGUCUGCAAGCUGACCUGAGCUCUUUGAUGUCAGAGGGUUUCGUGCGGCUCUUCGUGGAGCUGGUGGGUCACUAUCCUCUCCACAUGUCUGAGUCCUCCAACGGGAGCAGGGAGCUGCAGCGCGACAGCUUCCGCAAAUCUCACCCCUCCCGCGGAGUCCGCCAGUUCCUGCAGCUCUUCAUGGAGACUCAAAUGUUUGCCGGUUUCAUUCAGGACAAAGAGCUGCGCAAGGGGGCUGGAAGAGGUCUGUUUGAGUUCAGAGUGACUGAGUAUCUCGAUACGUACCCUGAGCCGGAGCCGAGUGGUGUGAACAAGUUUCUGAAAGGGUUGGGGAACAAGAUGAAGCUCCUUCAAAUCAAAUGAGAAUCACCUGAAUUUAAAUGGAAGACUUUGUUAAACACAGAACACCUGCUGCUGCUGGACUUGCUGAGGCAAUUAGUGAGGGUGAGUUUAAGACUCGACGUGAACGGGACGUUGAGGAGUUUGGAGAUGAGGACUCGUCAUGUUUGCAUGUUUGUGAGUUGUGCACUUAUUUUUGGACCAGAACUGGAAAAAAAGUUGUGAUUUACUUUCAGGCGUUGUUUAAAUGAAGCUUUGAGAAUGAGUCUGCAAAAGUGCAAAAGACAUUCCUGAACCUCAACCUGGAAAUAUGUUUACCUGCAGAACUUUUAGGCUUGACAUUUAGAAUUAUGUACUUCAUGCAUCUUUGCUACAUUUCAAACUUGUAAAUACUUAACUUACACAAUCUGCAUGGUUCCACCCUGAUGCAUAUUUGUAUGCAUUUAAAUGUAAAUUCCAUGAUAUGUUAAAUUCCUCUCAGCAGACUAAAAUAUGUUUACUGUUUUAACUAGAUUAUUCAAAGUGUUAGAGGUCUGGGUGAAACUUAAGACUUACUUAAAAAGAGAAGUUUGUUUUUCCUUCUGUUAAUAUCUCUCUCUGUUCAUAUCUCUCUCUGUUAACUGGAGUUGUACAUAAUUUUUUAUGUUUUGCACAAUUUUGAGAACCAGUGUACAGUAUUUGGAGUAUUUUUAUACUAAAGCAUGAUGUUUCAUACAUGAACUACUUUUUAAAUAAAUGGGUUCCCAAGGACAGGA